CGACCCAAAAUACGUAAAAUGUAAAGUAUAAAACCAAGAAAUAAAAUGAAAAAAACAAAAAUAUAUUGUCUACCAACCCUAUAGUCCUAUGAUAUUGAUCCCACAUUGCUGAUUAGCGGCGACGGCAACUCAAAUCAUUAAGCAGAGAAAAGGGUUUUUACAGAGCACUUUAAGGUCCAUCAAUGGCGUCGAGAUUGGUUUGGGCUUCAAGAGUUGCUUCAUAUCUCAGGAUCUCAAUACCCCAUAGAGGGUUUGCUUCUGUUGUUAAGGACUUGAAGUAUGCUACCUCUCAUGAAUGGGUGAAAGUAGAAGGGGAUAAAGCAACGAUUGGCAUAACUGAUCAUGCUCAAGAUCAUUUGGGUGAUGUUGUCUAUGUUGAAUUACCAGAAGUUGGGACCUCUGUUAAACAGGAUGGCAGCUUCGGUGCGGUAGAAAGUGUCAAAGCUACCAGUGAUAUUAACUCUCCUGUGUCGGGGAAAAUCGUUGAGGUCAAUGACGAGCUCAGUAGUUCCCCUGCUCUGGUGAACUCAAGCCCAUAUGAAAACGGAUGGAUAAUUAAGGUGGAGGUGAGUGACAGUGAUGAACUGAAGAAUUUGAUGGACUCUGAGCAGUACUCCAAGUUCUGUGAAGAAGAAGAUUCAAAGCACUGAGAGUUCAUUGAAGAUGUCAGCAGCCUUAUCAGAUCUUCCUUUCUUCUCUUUUUCUUCAGUCUUCUGGAUUUCCUUUUCCUUUGUAAGACUCACAAAAAUGGUGGAAAUUUCCCCACUCAGAUAAAUAAUUUGAUCCCUUUGAAUCUGCAACUAUUGUUAUGUUGUGAAAAAUCCAGGAAAAGGGGGCCUUUGUUCGAGA